CUGUUUAACCCAGUAUCCUAAUUGGGAGAUAUUUCCCGCCAAUAUUCCGGAGAGGAGUGGAUUAUUUUCGGGCGCCAAAACGCACACGCUCGUUGCUUGGUGCCGGGUGCUGUGUGUUGUGUAUUUUUCCACAAAUUUUGUCGAAGAAUGCAAGAAAACGCGAACGGUUUGUAGAUAAAUAUUCGACCGUGCACCACAAUACUUAACGUGGCAUUAUUAUCAACGAGACACUGAACAACUGGAAAACGUAAGGAAUUGGCAACACGUCCAACGUGCCACAGCAACACCCGGGUUGCAUAUUUCGGAAACGUCGGAAGCAUCUUGUAAACUGCGAAAGAUGUUGAGCGUAGCAACAGCAGCGGUUCACCGAAAUAUACGGCCAAAAGCCACUACCACGUCACCAACUUCACCCAAUAUCAUGGUUGACACCAGUUGUACCUGGAAUGCAAGAAUAACGCAAUCUGCUAAGCGGAGACGUAAUCAUCAAGGUCCUUGUAGCGCUCGAAAGAAAUUAAUUCCGAGUCCUACGGAAGAUUUAUCUUUAAAUUUAAAUCUCAAUAGUAGUGAAAUCACUUUGACACCCAUAAAGAAGACUAUAGGUAACACAGGCAUUGCUGAUCGAAAUAAUUAUCAUCAAACACCUAGCGAUAUCACACAUAAAAAUGAUAGUAACAAAACAAAUGAUGCCACUUCCAUGAGAAAGUGUAAUGACGUUUAUCUUAUCGUAGAAGUACACGAUAAUACUGCUCCAACAACAAAAAAUGGAGCAGUCAAAAGUGACCACACAGAAUCAAAAAAUUGCUCUUUGAUGCCCUUUGUGAAUUCAGAUGAGAUAAGUAUUCGACCAAUAGUUAAAAAACCGAUUCAUAGGAAAAUUCAAAAAGAUGAUGGAACUAUUUUGAGGUCUGAGUUAACGAUAAUCAAGCCUAGUUCUGGAGCAACUUCAGAGCCAGCAUCUAUGAAUGUGCUCCACACCGCAGAAAUACAGGUGCAAAGCAAGUCUACUAGUCCGAAAACUCCUGUUUCAAAAGCCACAAAGUGUACAAACCCGGCAUCUAUUAGUACUGUUGAAGCAAAUAGUAGUUUUGGGAAUGCUUUGAUUACCACAGAAAGUUUCUAUAAAAAAUCAGCUGCCCAAAGACCGACAGCAACAACACCACUUUCACUGUCAAAAAAAAAUCCAAAUCAGUCCAAAUCUAAUUCAUCCAUUGGUAUAAAGUCAAAGAUAGCAAGAGCGGUUGAAAAUUUAAAAAACUCAUCGGAAAAUUCUAUAAAUAUAUUUUCAUUAAACACAAAUGAUCAACCAAAAUCAAAAACGAGCAAACACAUUGUGAAUUCAACUCCAAAGGUUGCAGUCAUCAUAAAUCCUGUUGUGCCGAAUCUCCAGGAAAUAUGUACCGCCCACAAUAAUUUUGAUGCAUCUGCUAUUCCGGAGGAAAUGUUCAAUCCCUGGAAUGGGGAUGAUCUUGAAGAAAGUGGAUCAACCUCCCUUGGCAGCAUUAAACGGUUGGAAAUACUGAAAGUACCAGAUGACAGGUUGCUUACAGAAACUAAUUUACAAGAACCAUAUCACUUAACUGGAUUCCCAAACCCACCUGGAGAAAACAGAUGUUGGUUAAAUGCAACCUUGCAAGCAUUAUUUGCCAUGCCCCUGCUAGAUACAUUCCACCACUACAACUUGCAGGAUUGUUCAAAAUUAACAAAAUAUUUGAUCACUACCAAAGUACAUUGGAUGAAGGGUACCAGUGGAAGGGAAAAGGCAUAUCAAACUAUAAAGUUAUUAAAAGAAGAACUUGGUGUACUUGAUGAAACAUACCCCUCAGAGCGUCAACAAGAUGUAUCUGAAUUUCUCAUGAUUCUGCUAAACCAUAUUAAAUCAGACUUAGGAAAGUUGAUUUCAGCUGAAGAAGGUGUAAACGAGAUGGAAAAUGUACCGAAAAAUCAGCAAGAUUCCCAUAAAAUAUUGAAGACACCUCAAACACCUAACAAAAGACAACCGUUAGCAGAUAUUUCUGUACCACAAUAUAACGGUAUGAAAAGGAGCCACAGUCUUGGAGAUCCUAACCAAAGCCCUAAAUUUAAAAAACUAGCUUUGAGUCAUAGUGUUCAGGAUUUGCUAAGUCCGAAAUUACGUAAAUUGUCCAACCCAUCAGAUCCCUCUUACAAAGUGCACACACCACCAUUGGCACCAACAAAUGAUGAGACAAUGUUGCAUAAAAAUCCUGUUGAUGAGAACUUCCAGCUCCAUUUAAUGGAACAUUAUACUUGUAAAGGAUGUCAGAAGCAUCGCCAAAAAAAAGUAGACAACCUUAUGCUUUUUGUCGACAUUCCUUCAGACGAUAUUAUGGCACCAAUAGAUUUGCAAAGAGCCGUAGAGAAUAUUUUUGCACCAGAAGAGAGACAUUUAACCUGCGGAACAUGCAAACACGAUGUUCAUAUAAUGCGUACCACAUUUAGGCGUCAACCCAACAUUUUAACCCUACAGGUGAAUAGGUAUGGAAUGUCCAGUGAAGGAAUAUUUUCUAAAAUAAGCACUGAUGUUACAAUACCAAAGAAUUUGGAUCUUGGUGCAACAUUCUUAAAUGAUGCACCCAAAAAUUCAACUGCGUAUGAGCCAAUUUGCAUAAUAGCACAUGCCGGUGGCACCAUGGACUGCGGACACUACACCAGUUACGUCAGGCAUGGAAAUCAGUGGUAUCAUUACAACGAUAUGGAUGUAGCACCCAUGACAGAAGAAGAAGCUUUGUCUGCAGCCCAAAUGACUGCUUAUCUUGUAUUUUUUGUAAAAUCGGCAGAGCAGGACUCUGAUGAGGUAUAAGUUUAAGUUUUACAGGUCAGAUUUCAACCGGAACAAACACAAUAUUUCUCAUUCAAUGAAAGGUCCUUUUCAUACUUAUACCAGUUCCAAAAUUACAUUUGGUGAUAACUUUCUUAACCAGACAAAUUACAAAAAGCAGAUUUCAUGAUAACAGUUAUUAUCGCUAGCUGUUUGCUAGCUAUCCAGAUGUUGAAUGAUUCUCACAAUGAUACAUUGUAUUUAAUAUAUUUAAUUAUUCAUUUAAAUUUUAUUCUCGGGCAUUCCAUAUUUUUUACUGUUAGCAUAAAAAAAUAUGGAAACGUCUCUAUUUCGUUAUAAAAUAUUAACGUAUCUAAUAACUUUACCCACAAAGUGUAAUUGGAAACUAAUAAUUAAUUCAAAACUGAAAUUUACUCAGCAUUUCGGAGUGUUAUUUUGGGCAACUUUUUAAUUAUAUAAUGUACUAAUGAUGCAUAUACAUAAUUAGGAUUCAGAAAUCUUGACAUAAAGAAAAUCGCCGAUAAUAUUCUCUGAGAAUAUAAUAGAUUUUAUCAUUUGGAAAUCUAAACGUGUAGUCUUUACAGAGCAAUUACCUUAGGAAUGAUUAUACUUUAGAGUAAUCAAAUUCGAACCAAGUGUGCAACACUUCAUAUAUAAUCGUAGAAAUGAAGUGAUAAGUAUUCGCAAUAGAACGUAAAAUAUUUCAUAUUUUUAAAAGUAAUAUGGCAGUGAAAUACCCAUUUUCUUUGCCAUUUUAUCAACAUCCUAAAUGGGAUCUAUAAAAAAAUUAAAUAUCUUCCCCGUCUAUAUAAAUCCAAUAGCUCUUUACUAAUUUCUAUUAGCACUAAGUCCUGUAUUUAUUACGCGUAUUGAACCAACCACUCUCAUGUGCACUUCUUAAAAGAGAGAACAUUAUAAUUUAGUUUGCAUGUACAACUUGAAGGCAUGUGCGAAUGUCGAAAUUAAACGGUAACCUCGAGGUUGUACUUCAGUUUUUCGAUAAAAAAAUUCAAAUACACCCUUUUAUUAGUGUAAUGUUAUACGUACAUAUUUCGUAAAUUAUGUUUAAAAUAACUGUGUUUUGAAGUAUAUAUUACCUUGAACUGUAUAUAACUUUCAAGUUCGCAGUAAGCUCUUAGUGCCUUGUCCAAAGUUUUGUAUAUAUUUUAACUUUUGAUAUUGGUGAAAAUAAAAAUAAAACCGUUACCUACCUUGAUUGACGUUGUUUCAACUUAUUAUUACAUUACUUAGUAAAUAUGUUACACACCGUUCUC